GGUCAUUUUUAGAGAGAGAAAAGAAGAGAGAAAAGAGAGAGAAGAAAGAGCUUAUUUCCUUCUAUAUCUGAUUGUUGUGUGUAUUUUCAUUACGGCCUUGGCUUUGCUGUCUUCUCUUCUCGUUGAAACUCAAAAAAUCCCCACCUCUCUCUCCGUUUCCUCACCACCUCGUAUAAAGCAAAAAUAAAACAGCCUCCUUCCGCCAUUAUUUUUACAAACCGGAUACGAGCUCUGUUUAUUCCAUACUGGUGAAGGGAGUGGUGAGAUAAAAUUGUAGGAGGGGAGGGAUAUGUCUGGGAGUUUGAGCGAGGAUUCUGGUGUUGGAAGGUUAUCUGAGGGGAUAUCAAGUGGGCAUCGUUAUCAGUCUGGUGAAGCACUAGCAGAAUGGAGGUCUUGUGAGCAAGUGGAGAAUGGUACACCUUCGACGUCACCACCUUAUUGGGAUAUCGACGAUGAUGAUGAUUGUGGGCUGAAACCAGCUGAGCUAUAUGGAAAGUUCACAUGGAAGAUAGAUAACUUUUCACAGAUUAGCAAAAGAGAGCUUCGGAGCAAUGCAUUUGAGGUUGGCGGUUAUAAAUGGUACAUCUUAAUCUACCCUCAAGGAUGUGAUGUCUGCAAUCAUCUCUCUCUGUUUCUUUGUGUUGCAAACCAUGAUAAGCUUUUACCAGGGUGGAGCCAUUUUGCUCAGUUCACAAUUGCGGUUGUUAAUAAAGAUCCGAAGAAGUCUAAAUAUUCUGAUACAUUGCACAGGUUCUGGAAGAAAGAGCAUGAUUGGGGUUGGAAAAAGUUUAUGGAGUUAACGAAAGUGAUGGAUGGGUUUGUUGUCAAUGAUACUCUUGUUAUAAAGGCACAAGUUCAAGUUAUAAGGGAGAAAUCGGACCGCCCUUUUCGUUGCUUGGAUUGUCAGUAUAGGAGAGAACUCGUUCGUGUAUAUCUAUCAAAUGUAGAGCAAAUUUGUCGGCGUUUUGUUGAAGAAAGACGAAAGAAGCUUGGAGACUUGCUCGAGGACAGUGCAAGAUGGUCGAGCUUCUGUGCUUUUUGGUUGGGUGUUGACCAAAAUGUUAGGCGUCGAAUGUCCAGGGAGAAAACAGAUGUGAUUUUGAAAGUAGUUGUCAAGCAGUUUUUUGUAGAGAAAGAAGUCACAUCUACUUUGGUAAUGGAUUCUCUCUACAGUGGUUUGAAGGCUCUUGAAUGCCAAAGUAAGAGUAAAACAGUUAGAGAGAAGGUAUUGGACACUGAGGAAUCACCAACUCCUAUAGUCCGUGUUGAGAAUGACAUGUUUACCCUAGUGGAUGAUGUGUUGUUACUUCUUGAGAGAGCUGCACUCGAGCCUUUACCUCCGAAGGAUGAAAAGGGUCCUCAAAACCGUACCAAGGAUGGAAACUCAGGAGAAGACACCUGUAAUAAUUCCAUGGAGCGUGAUGAGAGACGGCUCACGGAACUAGGUCGUAGGACUGUGGAAAUUUUUGCCUUGACUCAUAUAUUCAGUAAUAGAAUUGAAGUAGCAUAUCAAGAGGCUGUUGCUUUGAAGAGGCAAGAGGAGCUCAUUCGUGAGGAAGAGGAGGCUUGGCAAGCUGAGAGCGAGCAGAAAGCAAAACGUGGAGCUGCUGACAAGGAAAAGCGUGCCAAGAAAAAACAGAGUAAACAGAAGCGUAGCAGUCGCAAAGGUAAAGACAAGGGGAGGAGUGAGAAGUUAGAUGUGUCAUUAAAAGACAAGAUGCAAAGUGAGGAAACUUUAGACAGAGCCAUGGAUGGUUUGUCCCUGAAGUUGUCCACCCUUGAAAAGCCCGACACAUUGGAAGAUGUGUCAGAUGUAGAUGAAGCAGUGGAUGUUACCAAAACUCUACAAGUUGAUUUGGAAGACAGAGAUGUGAGUCCUGUCAAUUGGGACACCGAUACAUCAGAAGUUCAUGCUGCCACAGAAACAAGUAGUAGUGGAGUGAGUGGGCUUCCUAUACAUCAAAAUGGAAGAGGAAAGAAGAAGAAUACUUCUGUAAUGGAUGAUAGUUCUUCAACAUGUUCUACCGAUUCGGUCCCAUCAGUGGUAAUGAAUGGCCCUCCCUACAAAGGGAACACUUCACCAUACUACAAACGGCAAACAUCAGCUAGUACCAGAGGGAAGAAUCAACGUGGUAAAGAGACACUUGGGCAGUCUGGCUGGGUCCAUGAGAUGGAUAGUCAUCAACAAUCUGAAUCAGCACCAGAUGCAGGACACCUUCAAGAUCUUUCUGGAGCAUGUACGGUGGCAGCCGGACCUGAAUCACUUUACUCAUUAAAGGAUCGGAUACAUUGGCUUGAGCAGCACUUGGUUGAAAAGGAAGAAGAAGUUUCUACUCUGCAGAAGAAGCUGACUGUCAAAGACCUGGAUGUUGUUAAUGGCCAGAAGAAACAUCUGGUUGAGGUUGAAAGACCUGAUCAAAGAAGGGCAGAGGAAGCAUCUAGUGGUCCUACCAGUUUCUCUACAAACCUACCCUCAAACGUGCAGUGGAAACCGGUGGGAGAGAGUGUCACCUGGGACCAACCGUACCCUGUGAAAAUAACAUCUCCAAAUAGCCUUCGGCAAACAGAGAAAGUAGUUCAUGCGAAACCACCCUCACCCCAAGUUCCUUCAAUCUCUAAACCAGAGGCUAAUAAUAUCUGUAUGUCUCAAUCAAAGUCAACACACACACCCUCUGAAAAGGCAACUCCUCACCAAGUAGCUCCUUUGUCGAGACCCUUAAGUGCUCCUCUUGUUCCUGGUCCUAGGCCGACUGCUGCCGCCGCUGCUGUUGUUUCUAUAGGAUCGACGACACCAGUAUUAGCACGGUCCUACAGUGCUGCUGGACGUCUAGGAACCGAUUCUUUACCAGAAACCCAAGGUUAUGCUUCCCCAUCCUACAGAAAUGCCAUCAUGGGAAAAACCAUGGCUCCAACUCCCCCAGCUGGCUUCGCUGUUCGUCCUUCUUCUUCUGCAGUAAGCCUAUCUUCACCUCCAAAAGCCCAACCGUCGAUAUCCACACAAGUAAAUCUACCUCCGAAUUCAGCAAGGAAAGAUCAAAACCUGGUUAGGCCAGGGUUUACCUUUGGAUCUGUUACUCCAGAAAUUCUACAGAACAGACCCCAGUGGAUGGAGGGAGGAUCACCACGGGAUACUAAUCCUUCUUCCAUGUUGAAUCACGGCAUUCAAAAUCUUGACGUCUAUGGUUCUUCUCGUGGUUCAACAUCAGCAGCAGCAACACAGGGAGUUUCUUCAGAUGAGUUUCCACACCUUGAUAUAAUAAAUUUUUUGUUCGAGGAAGAGCACAGCAUAGGAAAGGUGGCUGAAGGAAGUGCUGUUAUUAAUACCACCAACAGCAUGUAUCAUCAUCAUCAACAACAUUCAUUGAACCGCCAGUUCACUUUUCCAGGCGAUUUAAAUAUGUCAGGGGAAGCUGGAGGGCCAUCAAUAAAUUCUUGUAGGUUUCAGCGGCAAGAAAGCUACCACCAUGAUGACCUGUUGCAGCAGCAGCAGCUCUAUGGGUCUUCCAGUGGGGGGUCUUCUUACGAGGGGUUUAGGGAAGUCUAUCCAGUUGUAGGAAUGCCUUACGGAGAUGGGCAGCAGAUUGAUGGGAUGAUUGAUAAUCAGUGGUCUGUUGCAGGAGGUGGUACUGAUUUGUCUUUGCUUAGUCUUAGGAAUACUGCCAUGGGGGAUGGAUACUUAUACCACCAGCACCAGCAUCAGCAUCACCUCCAUAAUCAUCAUCAGUUGCCAGAGUAUUCGAAUCUAGCAUGUGAUGUUAAUGGAUACCCUGUAUUCCAGCCUUCAAAUGGUUUUGAGUGAAAUAGGAAAGUAAAUUAUUUCCAAUUGGCUUCGAUUAGUUUUUUCACCCGGUCCUCGUAACAAUUGUAUCUCAAGAGGAAAAAGAAAAUCAUCCAUCAGAUUUGAAGUGAGUUGUUGGUAAUCAUUUGUUUGUUUUUAUGAGAAAAGAAACUUUUUGUAAAGAAUCCCUUUUCUUGUUUUGAAAAUUAUCCACCAGUUGCCGGAGUAUCCUCUGGAAUC